UCUUUUUCUUCUUGUUUAUUACUUGUGGAGCGCGUCUAAAUCCCCCACUGGUACCAUGGAUAAAUUCCAGACGGUCCUUCGUUUCUUCAUGAACCAGAAAGCCACAAUUGGCUACAGUUUUAUGGCUCUCCUGACAAUAGGCGGGGAGCGAGUCUUCUCCAUGGUCUCCUUUCAGUGUCCCUGCAACCACGAUCAGAACUUUGCCUAUGGACUCACAUUCCUGCUUGGACCUGCGGCUGUACUUUUGGUCUUAGGACUGUUCUUCAAUGCUAGAUUGUGGAGGCUUUACACUGGCUGCUGCCUCAAUCCGAUGAAGCUUUGUCCCCGCGGAAGAUGCUUGGGAUGCUUCAGGGUGCUCAUGAGCAUUAUUACAGGGGCUUGUGUGGCUCCUAUAAUGUGGCUCUCUGUGGCCCUGCUCAAUGGGACUUUUUAUGAGUGUGCUGUCAGCGGUCUCGACGACAAUCUGGUGGUGGACCUGUUCUGUAAAAACAAGACCCUGAAGUGUCGGGAGGAGCUAGCCAGAGUUCCCUGUGGCCGGUCCAAGUUAUCUGAAGAGGAGCGCAUGGAUCUGCUGCUAAUGUUCAGGGCCCAAUCUCAGAUUCUUGGCUGGUGCAUUAUCAUCAUCGCAGCCACAUUUGGGCUUCUUGGUACCUGCUACAAAAAUUGCCGCUCCAAAGUUAGCUUCCUGCAGCUCACAUUCUGGAAACGCUAUAUGGAGAAAGAACGGGAGCACUUUGAGGCUUACACUCUGGAUUAUGCCUCCAAACUGGCUGAAAGAAACCUACAAAGUUUUUUUGAGAACAAGGAUCCUGAUCCAUUCCCUUUCCCAAACCAUAAGGCCUGGGAGGAGAUCUCUCCACUCUACACUUUCUCAACGAGCGAACAAUAUUACAGCACCCUACAACGUUAUGUGGAGAGAGUGGACAGGGACUUUGUGCCAGAGAAGAGACCUGUGAUAGACUUCGAGGAUGAAAUUGAAAUGAAAUAAAGUUUUUGUGUGUGUGUGUGUGUGUGUGUAUGAAUAAAACAGCAGACUGUGGGGACUGUUACAGAAUAAUUAAAGGCCACAACGACUUUUUUACCUUUAAGGCCUUCUACUAUAUAAUUCUACAGAAUCCAUCCUUUGAUAAAUAACAUACUAGAGAUCUUAAUAAGUUGCAGAUAAUAUGUACUUGCUCUUUGGAGUCAGCUUUUAAUUGUAUCUUAUUAAUCAUUCCAUUGUCAUUAACAUACUACUUUGUAUCUAAAGAAGUUCAACAUGCUUUGGUACAUCUGUACACCUUUCUGCCAAUGACAAGUUGGUACAGCUUUUGCAGGAAAAUGCAAGAAAUAAAUUGUAUAAAUUAAUUUCAUGAGUAGUCAUCAGAAUAACUACAGAGAUCAGUUGUAGAUUUUCUGCUAGUUUCUUGUCACAAUAUGGCUCAUGGCUGAGCAACUGUGAUGUCAUCUGCACUCAACAAUAAGUGGCAAAAUAAAAAAAAUAAAAAACAGA